AUGACAGAUGCGUUUGAUAUAGACUACUUAUUUAUUAAUCAAUUGGCAUUUACAUUUAACAAAUACAUAUCCUUGCCAUCACUGGGCAUUCCCAGAUCAAGUAUAAUCAACACAGCAAAACAGUGUUUGAAUUAUAUGAAACGCUAUGAAAUUAUUCACCCCAUUGCGGAGAUUUUAGUUGAUUAUUUAUCAAAAGAAGCUAGUUUGGAAAGUAAUUUCAGCACGCAAUGGAUUGAAUCAACCCGUUCUUUAAAUGGUUUAUACCUCGAGCAAGUUAAAGCGGAAAUCAAACAAACACUCGAGACUUCAAUGCAAUCGCUAUCUUCUAAUGAAGCAGAAGCAUUAUUUGGCAAGAUCAAAAGAGCUAUUGCCAUAACAAUAGUACAAACUAAUUAUGAUACCGGAUUAAGCUUAUUGAAUAAUUAUGUUGCGGUUGUGGAUAUUUCGACACAACCAAAAACCAAGGAACAACUUGCGUCAAACGGCUAUAUCGAGUUUUUGUUCUACCAAUACGUGUUGCAUAUAUUUUCCCUGAUUUGGUUCCCCUUAUACUACAAUGAGCUUCAUGGAUACAACUUGUCUCAAAGACAAUUUUCUGGAACAUAUGAAAUUAAAGCAAAUAUAAUUAGCAAUUUCUUCAAGACUUUAGAGCAAAUUUAUUUCAAGGCAAUUAAUUAUUAUCACAAAAAUGAACUAUUAUUUGGCCAAUACGAUAAGGAGACACACUAUCUUUGGGCAAUUAAAUUUUUCAACCUAUGUUUAUUGUUCAAGCAGUUCAAGCUAUCUGAAUUUCAUGAUCAGUUUAUUGAGUUUUUUCUUAUUGAAAAAGACCCACUUAGUUUUCUUAUUGGCAAUAUGAAAAUUCUUUCGUCAAGCUUACUUGUCAUGUUUGGGAUUACGACUAUUUUCUUGAAGCCUUUUAACGAAUUGACUUUAAUGAAGCUUGAUAAAGAUGAUGCAUUAAUUGAUUUGUUUACCGAAGUACCAGAAAGCUUAGAAUUUCAAUUAUAUAAUUCCAUCAUGAUCCCCUUGGCAAAAUGUGAGUUUAAACAAGUGAUUGUGCAAUUACAAAAUAAGAAGUUUGAUGCUGAGUUAGUGGCCCAACUAGAAUACAAUCUACCCGUCCAUUUCAAAAAUGCCAGUGGUACCAAUGGCUCAUCAUUAAUCAAUUAUAUGGCAUCAAUAAUUGAUUACAAGAAUUUUUUCGUCAUACUUACUAGCUCAAGAAAAGUAUCAAGGUUGCAGAUGAUUGAGUUAAUGGGCCAUGAUACAACCGAUGAUAGAUCGGCUACUGAAUUGACCAAUGCUUUGAUAGGUAUAAUAGUUGCAUUGGGCUUGCAUAAAUACGGUAUCUAUUAUGAUGCCGAAAACCAAAUGUUUGUUAAUGACGAGAUGAUAAAAGACAGCAACGCCGACGAUGUGGCCAAACUACAAGAAAAUAUCAACGAAUUGAAAAAUGAACUACGUGCAGAAUCGCUAGCGACGAAAAUGACAGGUUUACUAUUGGAUAAAUAUUACAGAUAA